ACCCAUGAAAUACUGGCUUCCCGUUGGCUCACCAACAACACAAACACAGGAAGUGCACUUACGUCAGCGUCUGCUGAAGAAGACAGCCAAUCACAGGGCCAGGAUUUCCUAAACUCGCCCGAGGUGGCUUCUUGGGCUGACAUGGAUGGAAGACGAAAUUGCCGCCCUCGUGGUUGACAACGGCUCCGGCAUGUGCAAGGCCGGUUUCGCCGGAGACGACGCCCCCCGCGCCGUCUUCCCCUCCAUCGUGGGCCGGCCCAGACACCAGGGCGUGAUGGUGGGCAUGGGCCAGAAGGACUCCUACGUGGGCGACGAGGCCCAGAGCAAGAGGGGCAUCCUGAGCCUUAAGUACCCCAUCGAGCACGGCAUCGUCACCAACUGGGACGACAUGGAAAAGAUCUGGCAUCACACGUUCUACAACGAGCUCCGCGUGGCCCCCGAGGAACAUCCUGUCCUGCUCACGGAGGCGCCGCUCAACCCCAAGGCCAACCGGGAGAAGAUGACGCAGAUCAUGUUCGAGACCUUCAACACGCCCGCCAUGUACGUGGCCAUCCAGGCCAUGCUGUCGCUGUACGCGUCGGGUCGUACCACAGGUAUCGUCAUGGACUCCGGUGACGGCGUGAGCCACACGGUGCCCAUCUACGAGGGCUACGCUCUCCCUCACGCCAUCCUGCGUCUGGACCUGGCGGGCAGGGACCUGACGGACUACAUGAUGAAGAUCCUGACGGAGAGAGGCUACAGCUUCACCACCACAGCGGAGCGCGAGAUCGUGCGAGACGUCAAGGAGAAGCUGUGCUACCUGGCCCUGGACUUUGAAACGGAGAUGCAGACGGCAGCCUCAUCAUCCUCGCUGGAGAAGAGCUACGAGCUUCCUGACGGGCAGGUCAUCACCAUCGGCAACGAGAGGUUCCGCUGCCCCGAGGUGCUCUUCCAGCCGUCCUUCAACGGCAUGGAGUCGGCCGGCGUGCACGAGACCACGUACAACAGCAUCAUGAAGUGCGACGUGGACAUCCGCAAGGACCUGUACGCCAACACGGUGCUGUCGGGCGGCACCACCAUGUUCCCCGGCAUCGCCGACAGGAUGCAGAAGGAGAUCUGUGCCCUGGCCCCGCCCACCAUGAAGAUCAAGAUCAUCGCCCCCCCGGAGAGGAAGUACUCGGUCUGGAUCGGCGGCUCCAUCCUGGCCUCGCUGUCCACCUUCCAGCAGAUGUGGAUCAGCAAGCAGGAGUACGACGAGUCGGGACCCUCCAUCGUGCACCGCAAGUGCUUCUAG